CGUACCACGCUCGUUUGUCUUUUCUUCGUCCCAAUUCCUCUCUCCUCCCCCCUCCAACCCUGCCCUCCUCCUCCCGACCUUCCCACCAUAGUCCCGUGGACUGGUUCGGCUGAGAUCGGCCCCGCAUUCCAUCCAUCCGCCCAUCGCCGGCAGCAGCCAUCGCAAGGCCACCUGAGGAAGCUGCAACCGUUCUGGGAAGCAACAAGUACGUUCCAGGGCACCUACAACAAUAUCUCAGGAUUCCCGUCACCCGGGGAGCGAUUCGGAGAGGGAUUCUUCUCUACGAGAAGGCUCAACGAAAAGAAAGAGGCCGUGAGCCAUCGGCCUCGUGCUGCUUUCUACUCGUCGUCCUAA